CGGCACCAUGGCGCGCUGGCAGCGGCCGCCUCAGGACCCCGCCGUUGCCGGGGGCGGGCCGGGGCUGCGGGCGGGCCGCAGGGAGGCCGCACCCCCGCGGGGGCCGCCCUCUCGCCCGCGCCGUCCGCCGCUCGGCCCCGCCGCGCCGCCGGGUUAAAGCCAUGGCACUGAAACAGGUUUCCAGCAACAAAUGCUUUGAGGGUUUCCAGAAGGUGUUUGAACAUGACAGUGCAGAGCUAAAAUGCAAAAUGAAAUUUGGAAUCUACUUGCCUCCAAAAGCAGAAACUGGAAAGUGUCCUGUACUGUAUUGGCUCUCGGGGUUAACUUGCACAGAACAGAAUUUUAUAACGAAAGCUGGUUUUCAUCAGGCUGCAGCUGAACAUGGCCUUAUUGUAGUCGCGCCAGACACAAGCCCACGUGGCUGCAAUAUUGAAGGAGAAGAUGAAAGCUGGGAUUUUGGCACCGGUGCUGGUUUUUAUGUGGAUGCUACUGAAGAUCCUUGGAAAACAAACUAUAGGAUGUAUUCCUACAUAAAGGAUGAGCUGCCUAAGCUAAUAAAUGCCAAUUUUCCAACUGACCCUGAACGGAUGUCUAUAUUUGGGCAUUCCAUGGGAGGUCAUGGAGCUCUUAUUCUUGCUCUGAAGAAUCCUGGAAAGUACAAGUCUGUAUCAGCAUUUGCUCCUAUCUGCAACCCAAUUCAGUGUCAGUGGGGGAAGAAAGCCCUUGGUGGUUAUCUGGGAUCAGAUGUAAGCAAAUGGGAGGCAUAUGAUGCUACACAACUUGUGAAGUCCUGUCCAGAUUCUCACCUGGACAUCUUGAUUGAUCAAGGCAAAGAUGACCAGUUCCUAUCAGCGGGCCAAUUAUUGCCUGAUAACUUCAUUGCUGCCUGCACAGAGCGGAAAAUCCCGGUGGUUUUUAGACUGCAGCAGGGUUAUGAUCACAGCUAUUUUUUCAUUGCUACGUUUAUUAAUGACCACAUCAAACACCAUGCAAAAUACCUCAAUGCUUGAACCAUUUGGAUGUGAGCAUCGCCUGUCCAAUAUGAAUCAAGGGGUAGAGGUGAACUAAACAAAAAUCAUUUGCUGAAGUAGUUUCUGUAAAAUGGAGCUUUUCUGAUUGUACUGCUAAGAAAAAUAAAAGUCCCACUUAAUUUGA